AUGUCUCUUCGCAAGUCAAAGCAAAAUAAAGCAGCAUCAUCUUCUCCUAUCACCUGCUUCCCACAUAAAAUAAAAUCUUGCAACAGUAAAUUUUGUGUCAUUCGAGCUGGUUUUGGUUUUGGUUUAUGCUGUGGUUUAACUGAUCAUGCUAAUUUGUUAGGAGUUAAUGUUUUUGAAGUUAGUUUUGGAAAUGGUGAUUUCAAACAAGCUAAAGAGAUGAGUAGCCUAUUCAGUAGGCCAUCACAGUUGCUCCCGUGUAGCAUGCAAGCUGAUUUUGCAAGUGUUAGAUUGAGCCUCAAGUACCAUAUUAUCUUUGCUGUUGUUGGACGAGCUCUGCACCUUCUGCUAAGUAACAUGGAAACUGAGUUUGUAAAUGCUAACCAUCUACCACAUUUUCUUCAUCGGCUGCUUCCUGCUGUUGGACCUGGGCUUCUGAUUGCAGUUGGAUAUGUUGAUCCUGGAAAGUGGGCAGCAACUGUCGAAGGAGGUGCACGUUUUGGGUUUGAUCUGGUACUGCCUAUGCUCAUUUUCAAUUUUGUUGCCAUUUUAUGCCAGUAUCUCUCUGCUCGAAUUGGUGUGGUCACUGGAAAAGAUCUUGCUCAGAUUUGCAGCGAUGAGUAUGACAAGUGGACAUGCAUGUUUCUAGGAGUUCAAGCAGUGUGUUCCGUGAUUGCAUUGGACCUCACGAUGAUUCUCGGCAUUGCACAUGGUCUUAAUCUUCUCUUCGGGAUGGACUUAUCCACCUGUGUUUUUUUAGCUGCUGUUGACGCUGUUUUAUUUCCAGUUUUUGCUACCCUCCUGGAGAGAUGCAAGGCAAGUUUCCUGUGCACAUGCAUUGCAGGCUUCUUAUUACUUCUGUAUUUCUUCGGAGUUCUCAUCAGCCAACCAGAAAUCCCUCUUUCCAUGAAUGGGAUGUCACCAAAGUUAAGUGAGGAGAGUCUGUUUGCCCUGAUGAGUCUUCUUGGAGCAAGCAUCAUGCCUCACAAUUUUUUCCUCCAUUCUUCUAUUGUGCUGCAACAUCAGGGACCACCAAAUAUUUCCAAGGAUGCCUUGUGUCUUAACCAUUUUUUUGCCAUUUUAUGCAUCUUCAGUGGCAUCUAUCUGGUAAACUAUGUGCUUAUGAACUCCGCUGCAAAUGUGUUCUACAGUACUGGCCUUGUUUUACUUACUUUUCCCGAUGCGAUGUCACUAAUAGAACUGGUGUUCAGAAGUCCAGUAGCACCUUUUGUCUUUUCACUCAUUUUGUUUUUCGCGAACCACAUCAUAGCAUUUUCUUGGAAUCUUGGUGGGCAAGUAGUGUUACAGGAUUUUCUCAGACUUGAUAUUCCUAAUUGGCUUCAACGUGCGACAAUCAGAAUUAUUGCGGUUGUUCCAGCCCUUUAUUGUGUAUGGACUUCAGGAGUUGAAGGAAUAUACCAGUUGCUUAUAUUUACACAGGUUAUGGUAGCGUUAAUACUUCCAUCUUCUGUAAUUCCCCUUUUCCGUGUCGCUUCAUCAAGACAAGUGAUGGGUGCCUACAAAAUUUCUCCAUUCUUGGAGUUCUUAGCAGUGAUUUCGUUCAUGGGGAUGCUGGGCAUAAAGAUUAUUUUUGUGGUGGAAAUGAUUUUUGGGGAUAGUGAUUGGGUAGGUAAUUUGAGAUGGAGCACAGGUAGUGGUUUGUCAACCUCUUACAUUGUUCUUCUCGUUACUGCCUGUUCAUCAUUUUGUUUAAUGCUCUGGCUAGCAGCUACCCCAUUGAAAUCUGCAACCCGCUUAGAUGCUCAGGUAUGGAACUGGGGUGUACAAAAUACUGUAUCUGAGCUAUCGACACAGAUAGAGGAAGAAUUUUUGAAUGACACCAGAUAUACUGGAGAGGAACCUGUCGGGGGGCAGGAACAAUUACCAGAACCAGGGAAGUCUGCAGAGAGUAACUCAGAUGUUACUGUUGCAAAUGCUGGUUCUGAUUUGCCUGAAACAAUUAUGGAGUCUGAUCAGGAGCUUCAUUCGACUUCUAUAAAAGAAAAUCAUUCGGAAAUUACAUUUUCUAGUCCCACAAAAUGCUAUGAGGAGGAAACAUCGCCUACAAUAAAGUCAGUAUCUCUGUCAGCUGCUGUGAACGUGGUUCCCGAUGGUGAAAUGCUUGGUGUCAAGAAGGCUGAUAUUGAAUCAAUGGACCCAGUUGAAAAGACUGUGGAUAUAGAGGGUGAUUUGCAUACUGAAAAGGAGGAUGAUGAGGGGGAUAGCUGGGAGCCCGAAGAAUCAUCCAAAGGGGUUCCUGGAAGUACUUCGUCUUUGACAUCUGAUGGUCCUGGAUCAUUUAGGAGUCUUAGUGGUAAAAGUGAUGAUGGUGCGAAUGGUGCUGGAAGUCUUUCAAGAUUAGCAGGGUUGGGGCGCGCUGCAAGACGCCAAUUAGCUGCAGUUCUUGAUGAGUUUUGGGGACAAUUGUAUGAUUUCCAUGGACAAAUAACUCAAGAAGCAAAGACCAAGAAACUGGACGCCUUGGGGGUUGAUUUGAAGCUUGCUUCUCCCCUUCUGAAAGCGGACACUGCUGGGAAGGAAUUUAGUGGAUAUUUCUCAUCUUUUGGUGGUAGAGCAUCUGAUUCUCUAAUCAAUUCAAGUUUAUGCGACUCUCCCAAGCAGUUGAGGGCACAAAGCAAUAUUGACUCAUCAUAUGGAGUUCAGAGGGGACCAUCCUCAUUGUGGUCCAACCACAUGCAGUUGCUGGAUGCAUAUGCACAAGGUCCCAGCCGAAGUAUUGCUGACUCGAGUGAGAGACGGUAUUCUAGUGUACGCACGCUACCAUCUUCUGAUGGCUGGGAUAAUCAGCCAGCUACAGUGCACGGUUAUCAGAUUGCAUCUAUUGUCAAUCAAAUUGCCAAGGAAAGAGGUUCCAGUAGCAUAAAUGGUCAAAUGGAGUCACCAGCACCGAUAUCACCAUCCUUAGGCCCUAGAAACUAUAGGGAUCCACUUGCUGUUGCUAUGGGGCAAAAAUUGCAAAAUGGACUAAGCUCUCCACAACCCUCAGGAUUUCAGAACCUUGCAGUAUCUAGAAAUAGUCCCUUGCAAUCUGAAAGACCUUAUCAUGAUGUUUACUCUUCUGUAUCUGCUGAUGAUGCAGGAAUGUCAGCUAAUACAAAGAAGUACCAUAGCUUGCCUGACAUUUCAGGGCUUAGUCCUUACAGGGACCUAUAUAUGUCUGAAAAGGGUGCUCAGUGGGACAACAAGUCUAUGGGAUUCGGUUCAUCGAGCAGGGGGGCCUUGUCUUUUAAGGGUUUACCUAAAGGGCAUGGGGAUGCUUUCUCGUAUCACAUGACUCCAGACCCUGGAUCCUUCUGGUCCAAGCAGCCAUUUGAGCAGUUUGGUGUCGCUGACAAAAGUCGUGCUGUUGGGAGUGGAUUAGGAAAUCGGUCUAAUUCUAUUAAUUGUGAAGUAACUUCUCCUGUGGAUCCAGAGGCCCAACUUCUUCAGUCUUUCAGGCGUUGCAUUGUGAAGCUUUUGAAAUUGGAAGGAUCUGACUGGCUGUUUAGGCAAAAUGAUGGAGCUGACGAGGAUCUUAUUGAUAAUGUUGCUGCGAGGGAGAGGUAUUUGUAUGAAGUUGAAACAAGAGAAAUGAACUGUGUAGCUCACAUGGGUGAAUCACCAUAUUUGUAUUCUGAUAGGAAGUCUGGUUCUGUUUUGAGGAAUGAUGAUGCAGGGCUGUGUUUGGAGAGUGGAUUUGAUAAUAAGUUUUGGGGUCUGGUGUAUUCACCGGAUUCUAGAUUUGUCACUCAUGGAAAGCCGGCCCGAGCUGUGGGGGAAAUACACGUAUGUGCUAAAUCGUCUUCAGGGCAUCAUAGAAGUGGCAUUUUCAAAGCCCCGUAUUCCCAUGUCCCCAUGCUACUGCUUUCAAAUCCUCCCUGCAUCUCACCAGCACAGGCCAAGUCCACCUGUUUCGAAUGGAAUGUUGCCCCCUGCUUCAAAACCGGGGAGGGGAAAUGCACAACUGCAGCAACGCUUCUGGAUUUAAUUAAGGAUGUGGAGAUUGCCAUAUCUUGCCGAAAGGGUCGAUCAGGAACUGCUGCUGGCGAUGUUGCUUUCCCAAAGGGAAAAGAGAAUCUAGCUUCUGUGCUUAAGCGCUACAAGCGUCGAUUAUCCAACAAGGGGAUUGACUAUCUGGACCAAAGUAGUUUGGUUGGUGCAAUGAAUUUGACUCUGGAUUCUGGUUACCUUGCUUUUGCUUCAUAUCAUGUGACUGACGAGGAUUUCUUGCUGAAUUUCAAUCACAACUCGCAAAUAGGCUGGAGAAGUAGCCGUCCUCGUGAAAGCAUCAAUCGGACCCAAAAAUGGGCUAUGUGGGCUCGAGGUCGGAGUGAAGCAGCCAGAAUUCCUCGGUAUUAUGGGCCUCCUGUCCCUCCUUUUCAACCCCAGUCUCCACCCCCGACUCAGGAUAAACCAUCACAGUCUCAUGUUUAG